AAAUAUUUGUUAUCGUUCAUCUAACAUUUUUGCUUCCAAUGAAAUUUGAACGCGAAAAUUUAUAUGGUUCUUAACCUACUUCGUCGAUCAAUGUGUCACACACCCUUGGAUGCCCAUGUCAACAAGUUAUUAUUAGUGGAAGCAUAUUCUUAAUACUGCCAAAUUAUUGGAUGAAAUUUAGGAUCCACUUUGUAUUCAUCCUCAUCUUCAACCAUCUUCCAAUAUCAUUUUGUAACAUUUGUCAACCUUUUUUGGACCUUUUUUGUACUUUUGAUUUCUUGGAAAAGUGGUAUUAUUAAUAUAUAUAAGACAUUAAGAUAUAGAUAUAAAAGAAGUUGUGUUGUUUGUCUUUCAUUGUCACUUGAGGGAAAAUCAAGAUUGGUAUUACCAAAGUUGAUAAAAUUUGAGUUUUUUACUAGAUUUUUAUUCUUGUUAGGUGAUCAAAUCAUCCGAAACAUUUAAGAAGCAACUUCAUUAUUGUUAGUUGUUUUCAUCUGUCAUUUUUGUGGUUUUGUGUGUCUCAACAAUUAAAGUUUGUCUUGUGUGGUAUAUCUACCUAUGUCCCCCUUUAUUUAAUUGUUACUUUUGCUACAACCCCAUUUGAAAACUCAGCCAAAAAUUUCACCUUUUUUACUAUAUAUAUAAACUUAGUGUGCUUCUGCAGCAUUGCAGCAGGUUCUUGAUUUAUCUUGGCUUAGUAUCCAAUGUUGUUUUUCUUGGUUUCUUGUUUUUCUUUCAUGUUACUUAAGCCAAUGGGAACUUUGUCAAAUGUAUGGUUCUGUGAGGAGGUUGUAAAGUUCUUGGCUUUAUGGUUUAGGAAAGGCAGAAAUGCAAUGAUGAAAAGUGAUGUUAAGUCAAAACUAGAGAAAGUUGUAGAGAAAGAAGAGGACAUUUGUUUACUGGAUUUGCCUGAUUUGACAUUGGAAUGUAUAUUUGAGAGGCUUACACCAGAUGGUCUAUGCAGUAUGGCUGCAGUUUGUAGUUCUUUGAGAGAAAAAUGCGGAAGUGAUCAUUUAUGGGAGAAGCAUAUGAAGCAGAAAUGGGGUGGAUUGAUUGGUUCUGCUGCUUAUAAAGAAUGGCAAUGCUACAUUGCCUCAAGAAAUAAAGCAUCACUGUUGAUGAAUUCAAGAAAAAAGAGAGAUUUUCGAGGGAAGUUUUCGACGAUUAGGCAACUUUUGUUGAAUAGAUCAAAAGGAAAUGAAGAUGACAGGAGGGUUGGAGAUGCUUCAGCAAUGAGCUCAGUUAUGGAUUGGUUCCUAUCACUUGAGUCCGGCAAGUUUUGGUUCCCGGCUCAGGUCUUUAACCGGGAGGUACAGAAUGGACACGUUGGUUUUAUGUUAUCUUGCUAUGAUGCUGAAGUUAGCUAUGAUUGUAGCACAAAUACUUUCAGUGCAAGAUAUCCAUCAUAUCCAUCACACGGGAGGCGAAUAAUAGAGGAAGAUAUAGAAUGGAAUAGGCUAAGAGCACCAACUGUUGAUACUCCACCUUAUGUUCUUCAUGUAUCAGAUUGCUUACAUGAUCUAAAACCAGAUGAUCACUUUGAGAUUCAAUGGAGAAAAAGCAAAGAGUUUCCAUAUGGUUGGUGGUAUGGAGUUGUUGGACACUUGGAAACUUGUAAUGGCAGCGAGUCGAGUUGCCAUUGUCAUGACAGUGAGACAGUGCUGUUGGAGUUCAAACAGUACACCUCCGGCUCGAGGUGGAGGCAAACAGUGAUAAACAGAAAGGAUCACAGAGAAGUAGGCAAUGAAGAAGAUGGUUUUUAUGGAGGAAUCAGAAAGCUUUAUAGUGACAAAGAGAUUUCAUUGUGGAAGAGCCUCUGGCCUAGCAGCACUUUGGAAUAGGCAACCAAACAAGUGCUCUGGUGUGUAGAUAGAAAGCAACUUAAAAGAUAGAUCACAAUUAGGCUUCAGAAUAUUUGCUCUGGUGUGUUCAGAGCCUGGAGGUUUUCGAAAUGUACAUAUAAGACUCAAGAGGCUAAUAGAGCCUCACGAAUGGAUUUGGUAGACCUUACGCGACAUAAAUUUAGAUUAAUCGGCUAGUGAGUUCUGCAUGGUUGUUAAUAAGAUGUGGAAAUAAAGCUUCUUUGUUGUA